CGGAGGGAGAUCAGAAGCGGCCCUUCCUCACGUCACAGUGCAGAAGAUAUCGAAGCAAGCGGCGCUGGAGAGGUUUCUCACCUUGUUCAUAGGGUGGAGCCGCCUCUAAAGCAAAAUCUUUUGAAUGAAUUUAAAACUGGUUUGAAGGAAACUUUCUUCCAUGAUGAACCCUUACGCCAUUUUAAGGACACAUCGGGUGCGACAAAGUUUCUUCUUGUCCUCCAAGGUAUUUUUCCCAUUCUUGACUGGGGAAGGCGCUACACUCUUAAAGAAUUCAAAGGUGACCUUAUUGCUGGACUUACCAUUGCCAGCCUGUGUAUUCCUCAGGAUAUUGCAUAUGCAAAGCUUGCAAAUCUCGAACCCCAAUACGGAUUGUACUCGAGCUUUGUUCCACCUCUUGUGUAUGCUUUUAUGGGUAGCUCGAGGCAUAUUGCCAUAGGACCAGUGGCCGUGGUGUCUUUGCUACUUGGGACUCUUCUGCAGAAUGAGAUAAAUCCAUCUAACACAGUUGCUUAUAGGCGUCUUGCAUUCACUGCUACCUUCUUUGCUGGUGUCACGCAAUUUGCUCUUGGUUUUUUAAGAUUGGGUUUCUUGAUUGACUUUCUGUCUCAUGCCGCCAUUGUUGGAUUCAUGGGUGGAGCUGCGGUUACAAUAGCCCUUCAACAGCUCAAAGGUCUUCUUGGUAUAAUAAACUUCACGAAGAAGACCGACAUUAUUUCUGUCAUGCACUCAGUUUGGGGCACAGUACAUCACGGGUGGAACUGGCAAACCAUACUCAUUGGACUGUCAUUCUUGGUCUUCCUUCUGGUUACCAAGUACAUAGGAAAAAAGUACAAAAAAUUAUUUUGGGUAUCUGCUAUUGCUCCUUUGACCUCUGUUAUAGUAGCCACCUUUUGUGUGUAUAUCACCCAUGCUGAGAAGAAAGGUGUUCAAAUUGUGACACAUAUACAUAAGGGCAUAAAUCCUUCAUCUGCUCAUGAAAUCUAUUGGACUGGAGAGUUAGUCCUCAAAGGUUUUAAGAUUGGAGUAGUGGCGGGUAUGGUAGCACUGACGGAAGCUGUGGCCAUUGGAAGAACAUUUGCUGCCAUGAAGGACUACUCACUUGAUGGAAAUAAAGAAAUGGUGGCAUUGGGAAGUAUGAACAUUGUUGGUUCCAUGACAUCUUGCUAUGUUGCGACAGGAUCCUUCUCUCGCUCAGCAGUAAAUUACAUGGCUGGCUGCAAUACAGCCGUUUCAAAUAUUGUGAUGUCUUGUGUUGUUCUUCUAACUUUGGAACUCAUCACACCAUUAUUUAAGUACACCCCGAAUGCUGUUCUUGCUUCUAUCAUCAUAGCUGCAGUGCUGGGCCUAAUUGACUUCGAAGCUGCAAUACUAGUAUGGAAGAUUGACAAAUUUGAUUUUAUUGCUUGCAUGGGAGCCUUCUUUGGAGUGAUUUUUAAGAGUGUUGAGAUAGGCCUUUUAAUUGCGGUUGCAAUAUCCUUUGCCAAAAUCCUCCUGCAAGUCACAAGACCACGGACUGCAGUACUUGGGAAACUCCCAGGGACUAAUGUUUAUAGGAACACUGAGCAAUAUCCCAAGGCAACAACAAUUUCUGGAAUCCUGAUUGUUAGAGUUGAUUCUGCAAUCUACUUUUCGAAUUCCAACUAUAUUAAGGAGAGGAUUUUGAGAUGGCUCAGCUAUGAAGAAGAAGAAGUGAAGAAUCUCAGUUUACCCAGAAUCCAGUAUCUUGUCAUUGAAAUGUCACCCGUUACUGAUAUUGACACAAGUGGAAUUCAUUCCUUCCAAGAACUGUAUAAGACUCUUCAGCAUAGAAAUGUACAUCUUGUUCUAGCGAACCCGGCGCCACUAGUGAUUGAGAAGCUCUACUCAUCGGAUUUUGUCAAGUUGAUCGGGGAGGAUAAGAUCUUUUCCUCAGUUGCAGACGCUAUCUUAACACUGUCGCCAAAAACUCAAGAACCAUAACGUACGAGGGAGGAUAUGGUUACUUGAAAACAAACAUUACUCAAAUGUCAACAACUAACAUCUAUCUUUUCUUCACUCGGCAUCUUCAUCCUAGCGAAUUUCUCACUACAGCUUGGCAACCUACUAAUCUGCAAUGAGCCUGAAGUUGCAGUUUGUAGCCUUUGUUGAUCAUGAAUGGGUUUUUCACCAAAAAUAUUGUGUUAUCUAUGUUAUUAUGCCACGGAAAAUAUGUUUUU